AUGGGAUCCUGUUUGAAGCUUAUCAAUAAUGAUCAUUGUGUUUCUUUUCAGUUUCCAGUCAAAAAAUAUCAAUAUAUUCUGACACUGAUUUUUGCCACUGAGGAGAUCAACAAGAAUCCACAUCUUUUACCCAACCUCUCUAUGGAUUUUAAGUUCUUUUCUUCCAAUUGUGAUGACUCACUUAAAGUUAUACCUUAUCUAAGUUGGAUAGCAAAAAAACAUUUCUGGGUUCCCAACUAUAGGUGUAAACAACAUUCCUGUAAUAUACUUCUAACAGGACCAACAUGGGCAGCAAGUAGCAGAUUUGGGACAUUUUUGAAACUCUUUGAAUUUGCACAGAUUCACUAUGGUCGAUUUCAUCCUGUUCUGAGUGACCAUUAUCAGUAUCCUCAGCUGUAUCAGAUUGCCCCCAAGGACACAAGACUGCCUUUUGCCAUAGUCUCCUUACUGCUCCAUUUCAACUGGACCUGGGUGGGGCUGGUCAUCUCUGAUGAUGACCAAGGUAUUCAAUUUCUCUCAGACUUGAGAGAAGAGAUGCAAGGAAAUGAGGUGUGUUUAGCCUUUGUGAAUGUGAUCCCACUAAACAUGGAGUUGUACAUUACAAGGGCUGAGACAUAUUAUAACCAAAUUGUGAUAUCACUGGCAAAUGUUGUGAUCAUUUAUGGUGAAAUGAAUUCUACUUUAGAAGUGAGCUUUAGACAAUGGGAAUAUUUAGGUAUCCGGAGGAUCUGGGUCACCACAUCACAGUGGGAUGGCGUCACAAAUACAAGAAGAGACUUCAUUCUUCAUGCAUGCUGUGGGACUUUCUCUUUUUCUAGCCACCAUCAUGAGAUUCCCAACUUUAAAGAAAUUAUUCGCGCAUUUAACACUUCCCAAUAUCCAAUAGACACUUCUCUGAUGAGAUCAGAAUGGAUGUACUUUAAUUGUUCAAACAUUGAUUCUCAAUGUAAAACCCAGAGUAAGUGUUCACCCAACACUUCAUUGGAAUGGUAUGCAGGGCAAGGAUUUGACAUGGCCAUGAAUGAUGAGAAUUAUAAUCUAUACAAUGCUGUAUAUGCCUUAGCAUAUGCCCACCAUGAAAUAUAUUUUCACCAGGUAGAUGUUCAGCCAAUGAUAAGUCUACGGCUACUUGACUGUCCAAAGAUGGUACUUCUCUUUUAGUUUUAUCACUCUCUGAAGAGCAUGCAAUUUGUUAACCCUGUUGGAGACCUAGUGACUAUUAAUGAGAAAAAAAAAAUUGAUGCAGACUAUGAUAUUCUCCACAUUUGGAAUUUUCCACAAGGUCUUGGAAUAAAGGUGAAGAUAGGACAGUUUUCUCCAUAUCUGUCCCUUGGUCAACAAUUGUAUUUGUCUGAUGAGACAAUAGAUUGGGCCACUGGGGGCAGGCAGAUUCCGUCCUCUGUGUGCAGUGUGAAUUGCAGGCCUGGUUUCCAGAAGUUCACACAGGAGGGAAAGGCAGCCUGCUGCUUUAAUUGUUCCCCCUGCCCAGAAAAUGAGAUUUCUAACAAAACAGUCAGUAUCAAUCAAUGUGUGAAGUGCCCAGUCCAUCACUACACCAACAUAGAGCGAACUCACUGUCUCCAAAAAACUGUGACGUUCCUGGCUUAUGAAGACCCCUUGGGGACGGCUCUGGCUUGCUUGGCCCUGGGCUUCUCUGCACUCACUGCUCUUGUUCUUGGGGUUUUUGUGAAGCACCAAGACACACCGAUUGUGAAGGCCAAUAAUCGGACAAACAGCUACAUCCUUCUCAUCGCACUCAAGUUCUGUUUCCUCUGUUCAUUGCUCUUCAUCGGCCGUCCCAACACAGCCACCUGCAUCCUGCAGCAGGUCACGUUUGGAGUUCUGUUCACUGUGGCUGUGUCCACCGUCUUGGCCAAAACAAUCACUGUGGUUCUGGCCUUCAAGGUCACUGCUCCAGGAAGAAAGACGAGGGGGCUGCUGGUAUCAGGGGCACCUAACUUCAUCAUUCCCAUCUGUACCUUCAUCCAACUUGUUCUCUGUGGAAUCUGGCUGGGAACAUCCCCUCCCUUUGUUGACACUGACGCACAGUCAGAACACAGCCACAUCAUCAUUGUGUGCAACAAAGGCUCAGCCACUGCCUUCUACUGUGUCCUAGGAUACCUGGCAUCUCUGGCUGUAGGGAGCUUCGCUGUGGCUUUCCUGGCCAGGAACCUGCCUGACACGUUCAAUGAAGCCAAGUUCCUGACCUUCAGCAUGUUGGUGUUCUGCAGCGUCUGGGUCACCUUCCUCCCUGUCUAUCACAGCACCAAGGGGAAGGCCAUGGUGAUGGUGGAGGUCUUCUCUAUCUUGGCCUCCAGUGCAGGUUUGCUAGGUUGCAUCUUUUUCCCCAAGUGCUACAUCAUUUUAUUAAGACCCAGUAGGAAUUCUUUUCAGACAAUCAAGAAAAAAUCAUCUUGUUCACCAAUUGAUCUUUAA